AUGCGUCUCCUCCAGUCACCCCAUCUCAAUGAUUUUCCUCAGGUCUGCUUGCAGGGGCUUACUCCCCAGCGCACGGCCCCGGCAGACGUAACGUCCAAUGACGAUACCCCCAAAGACGAAACAACAGACCGCAUCAUGGAGUUUGUCCUGAGAUCCUCCGGACUGAGACGCACUCCCUCUCUUUCUCUGAGCACCCUGACUUCCUUGUCGCUCAGUGCCCAAGUUCGCCAGCCCUACGAGGAUUUCAGCAACAUGCUGCGCGGUAUGACCUCCUUGAGGCAGCUCACGCUUGUCAACUCGCUGCCGUGGACAAUCCCUGGUGCCAUUCCCGACUUCAUUGGGUGCAAAUCCGAGAGACUCCCUCGCGCGGCAUCUCCGACUUAUUACGAUGGCGCUUGGCCCCUUGCUGGUACCCGCCCACUCGCCGUUCACCCGGAACCUUCUAAGCCUUGGCCCAUGUUCGAAACCACGGACUCGAGGGACGCUUCGUUGCACGAAGCAGUUUCUCACUUCCACCGCGAACUCGCCAGCUGGUGGCACCCUGUCUCCCCCUUGGUCAUGCCCAGCACCCUCCGCGAGCUGACCGUCCACGACCACGGCUUCCGCUGCACCCAGUUCUUCGCCAUCGUCGCGUGCCAGCUCGCCCAACUCGAAAUCAAGUGCGUGACCGAUGGGUUCGACCCUAUCCCCUUGUUCCGGGAGUCCGCGCGGCUGCUUCACCCGCUCCUGCGCGAGGGGGCCCUCCGAGAGCUGGUCGUUUGUUCCGAGAGUGACAAGCUCGUGGUCCAAUGUGCGUGCUCUGCUCUUCCGUAUUGUGACAGCCCUAUCGCGGACAGCAUCGUCCAGCCCGCGCUCUCCAUCGCCCUGGACUUCAGCGCCGACGACGGCCUCCCCCCUGUCGCGAUCUAUGAGGACAUCAUCACGACAGGUGUCAAAGCUCUGCCACUCGGCUCAGUCUGUCGUAUGCUCGUCGACUUCCACGCUGAUUUCAGAGGUGCUUGGUUCGCCGGAUUCUUCUCUUGCCUGGGGUUCCUCCAGAGCAUCACCCUGCGCCGCCACGCCAUCGACGGCUUCCUGCAGACGCAUCUCUGGAUGGCGUACAACGACCCUGCGGCGGCGAUGGUUCCGUUCAGGUCUCUCAAGACGGUGUUUGCGGAGUGGGAUACUCGAUGGCCGCAAGUGAGGUCGGACGCGGAUAGGAUUUUGAGAUAUCUCAACGCGGGCGGCGUAUACUUGUUGUUCUGCAACGUCGGGGGCCACGCUGAGGGCUUUGUUCGCGGCCCGUGA